UAAGUCAGAAUGGGCUGGGACUGGACACAUCUACACACCUUUUCCAUUUGCUAAUUAGGCCCUGCCUCUCUGGGACAGAAGACUCCCUAGCUGGCUGGGCAAGGGCAUCGCACCGACACCCGGGACCGCCAUGAAGCUGCUCCAAGGGACCUUCCUCUUCCUUUCUAUGUGCAGCCUCUGCUACAGUCAAGAAAGCCAGGUUCCUACAAACACUAUGAGAGUGACUAUGUAUAUGUCACCUAUGAUUUCCACAUCUCCAUCUCCAUUGAACGCAAAAAGUGAGACUGUUCAAACUCCAGUGAAUACUCCAGGAAAACUGAACCCCUCAGUGACAACAGAAUUAGUGACAAUAUCACCAGUAAUAUCAUUGUCAUCAAGCUCAAUGUCCUUCACAAACACUGGAACACUCAAAGAACCAUCAUCGACGCCUAUGAUUUCUACAAAGUCUUCAUCUAGCUCAGCAGUGCCAAAGACAGAAAAAGAAACCCCCCAAACUGAAAGUACAACUGAUGUUUCCAGCACUGCAAAACCACAAGGUUCUGAUCACCGAUUUCCAAGUGCUGCAUCAACCACAGAAAGCAACCAGAAGAGCGGCUACGUUUUGACAUCACCCACAAAAAAGUCAGAAAAUACUUUAGGAAUGACUACCACCCCCUACGUCAAGGAACAGGGAAGCUCCAAAGACUCUGGAAACACAAGCUCCCUUGUGACCAACUCCUCUUAUUCCAGUGUGAUUUUACCAGUGGUUAUUGCUCUGAUAGCAAUAACACUCUCAGUAUUCACUCUGGUGGGAUUGUACCGAAUGUGCUGGAAGACAGACCCAGGUACACCAGACAAUGGAACUGACCAGCCCCAAUCAGAUAAAGAAAGUGUUAAACUUCUCACUGUCAAGACAAUAUCUCCUGAGACCAGUGAGCAGUCUGCUCAAGGAAAAAAUAAAAACUGACAAUCCGAUGAGUCCUAUCCACACCUGGGCCAAUAAAAAUGUGACAGAGACGACUGUGGAAGAUAUUGAUUUCUGAUUCAUAGAGCUUCAGGAAAGGCUAGCUCUAGGAAAAAAAUGUAAAAUGUUCCUCUUCCUCAUUUCACUGAAGCAUCCAUCCUAUACCAGUCAAGAUCCUGCCCCCUCCCCCGCGUUCCCCAGCAGUGGCCUGUUCUCAGCUUUUCCUGCACCUCCUCUGUGAAAUAGGAACCUCUAAGUGCUAAGGUAAUCUGAUGCAUUAGUGUCAAAC